GUGUAACGAGAGACUCAAGCCUUCCAUGUAUCCAUUGUCGCCAUAGCAACAUAGGUCGCACUUUUGACACAGGCGCAAGUUACGGCGCAUACUGUGACGUCGGCUGCCUAUAACUUCGUUUAUCUCCGUUUAUCUCAGUUUACAUGCAAACGCGCAACCGGAGUUUUCCAAAAUCUCCACUCUGGCCGGAGUUUUUAGAAAGACUCGUUUUCAGAGGAGAAAUCUCCGUUUGCAGGAGGCCAUGGGACAAGGAGAGAGUCACAGUGAGGAGAUGGAUUUGGCACAGAUCCAGGACCUGUGCAUCAUUUUCAUGAAGGAGUGUCCGAGCGGUGCCCUGCACUUACAUGAGUUCAAGAGGAUCUUCGGGGUACAGAGCAGCUCUGCAGAGGAGUCCCUCUACAUUGAGACAAUAUUUCGCUCCUUUGACACAAACCGGGAUAACACACUUGAUUUCCUCGAGUAUGUAGCAGCACUUCACUUAAUCUUACGGGGGAAUAUUGAAGAUCGACUCAAGUGGUCCUUCAAGAUGUACGACAAGGAUGGAAACGGCAAGUUGGACAGGCAGGAGGUGAAACGGAUCAUAAGGAUUCUCUACAAAAUCAAGCUCCAGACGAGUGACCUCAAUAUGACGCCAUCUGAAAUCUGUGACAGAAUCUUUGAGCUGGUUGACCAGAAUAAUGACGGUCAGAUAACCUUGUCUGAGUUCAUGAAGGGAGCUCAGAAGGACGAAUGGGUCAUGAACCUACUGAAGCUGGAUAUCAACGCCACUGGCUGGGUCAUCCAGAACUGUGGGAAAUUACCAUGA